CUCCUCCCAGCCUGCUCCCCUUCUCCUCUGUCUCCUGAUCUUCAGCCUCCAUAUAUCUGCUCAUUUCCUCCUGCAGCUCUGCCACUUUUCUCUGCAGCUUCUUCCCCACAGCUUCUCUCGGCAGAACAACAGCAGCUCCAAACAUGUCGAUCAAGGUUGCCGUGGUGACCGGGAGCAACAAGGGCAUCGGAUUGGCCAUCGUCCGAGCGCUCUGCAAGCAGUUCAAGGGAGACGUUUACCUGAUGUCCAGAGACGUCGGUCGAGGUGAGGAGGCCGUGAAGUCUUUGUCCUCGGAGGGACUGAAUCCAAAGUUCCACCAGCUGGACAUCAAUGAUGUGAACAGCAUCAUAGCUGCAGCCGCUUUCUUCAAAGAGAAGUACGGAGGAGUGGACGUCCUCGUCAACAACGCCGCCAUCUUAUUCAAAGGUGAGAGACACACUAAUGAAUAUUAAAGUGCAC